GCGUACGAUGUGAGCCUUGUGUCCGUGUGAAAGCGCAACAUUCCGCAUGGAUUUAACAAUCUGUAAUCUAAGAAUACACUCUCUUGCUGUGUGUAGACAUAACUCACUUUUAUUUUUAAUUCAAUGUGGGAAAACUAUUAUUAUUUUUUAGAAAUUGAGGACCUAAAUCUCGCCAUAGACUGAGGAAAGUCUGCCAGCUAACUGAUGCUGGUGUAGAAAAUUGGCAGUAAAACUACACUAACAAGUGUGAAUCACAUCAUAUGAGACUUAAAACAUAUGCUGCUGUGAUACUGGAUCAUCACAUCGCGUAAAGAGCUGGUAUGGCGAUGAACACUAACCUAUGUUGCGUUACUCUGGGGGUGGAGGGCAUGACCUGUGGCUCCUGUGUCCAGUCCAUCGAGGGGCGAAUUGGUGGUCUGCCAGGUGUCAUUCAUAUACAGGUGUCUUUGGAUCUGAAUAACGCAACUGUGAUAUAUGACCAAACUCGCCACAAUCCAGAAUCCUUAGCAGAGGCCAUUGAUGAUAUGGGAUUUGAGUCAAGCCUGACAAACGGUACAUCAGCACCAAUUCCAACAGAAACCAAGGUCUUCAAUAAAGCAGGCUUUAGUACGGGCUCAAUCCAGCUGGCCCUGAGCAGGCUUGCCCAGAAGAAAGGGGUGGUUGGGACUCAGGAGAGCUCUGAUAACCAGGACAUGUCUGUCACGUUUGUCCCAUCUUUGAUUAGUGUGGAACAGGUUGAGGAGUUGAUGAGCUGCCUGAUUCCUGAUGUGACCUGCAGCCCAGCAAUCAGUCCACUGGAAGGGCCGACCUCUCGCAGCUCCAGAGGGGUGGAGUUGGUGAAAAUGCGAAUCGAAAGAAUGGUUUGUUUGUCCUGCACCACCACCAUCGAGGGCAAGAUUGGGAAAUUGAAAGGGGUUGAGAAGAUCAAAGUCUCUCUAGACUCCCAGGAAGCCACUGUACUUUAUCUGCCUUACAUAAUCUCAGUGGACGAGAUUGUGAACCAGAUUGAGAUGGUUGGUUUCAGUGCCAUUGUUAAGUCAAAACCUCCUCAAUUAAAGCUUUUAUCCAGUAAAGUGGACUGCUUGGUCAGCGCUCCAAAACAGACUGCAUCCUAUUCACAAGAGAAUGUUUCAGAGGCAUCCACACUCUCCACAAUCACAACACUGUUUCAGGUUACAGGAAUGCACUGCAACUCUUGCGUGGUAAACAUUCAGGACAAUAUAUCUAAGCUGCCAGGUGUGAAUUCAGUUGAUGUGUCCUUGAAGAAUGGGCAAGCUACAAUUCAGCAUAACCCAAAACAAGUCACAGCAGUGGAGCUACAGAAAGCAAUUGAGGUCCUGCCUCCAGGAAAUUUUAAAACCCAGUUGGUCACUCCACAAAAGGUAUCUUCUCCUCCACCACCAGCCCAGUCCAUCUUGCCUUCUACAGAGCCAAACUUUCUCCAGCCGCUGUUAUCAGUGGCGGAGAUUAAUAUCGAAGGCAUGACUUGUGGCUCAUGUGUUCAAUCCAUCGAAAGCAUGAUCUCCCAGAAGAAAGGAGUAAGGUUGGCCCAAGUGUCACUGGCCAAUCAUCAGGGAACCUUUGAGUAUGACCCUUUAGUGACCACACCUGAGGAGCUGAGGGAAGCCAUUGAGGACAUGGGAUUUGAUGCUUUUCUGCCUGAAACAAAAUUAUUGGUGCCUUCAGAGGUAAAGAGCCCAUCUGUCCAAAGCUCAUCAUUAUCUCCAGUCUGGUCUCCUGCGAAAGAGAAUGAAGUGGAGAGUGAUGCUGAGCCAUCAACAAACGCAAUCUCCAAGUGUUUUAUCCAGAUCGGUGGCAUGACCUGUGCUUCCUGCGUGGCCAACAUAGAGAGGAACCUCAAGAACGAGCAUGGCAUUUACUCUGUUUUGGUUGCGCUGAUGGCCAGUAAAGCUGAGGUUCGAUACAGCCCUUCAAUCAUUGAUCCUCAGAGAAUAGCGGAGUGUAUAAAAGAACUAGGUUUUACUGCCACAGUCAUGGAGAAUUAUGAUGGCUCGGAUGGAAUCCUGGAGCUUGUGAUCAGAGGGAUGACAUGUGCCUCCUGUGUUCACAAAAUUGAGUCAAAUUUAAUGAAACAGAAAGGUGUUGUGUAUGCUUCAGUUGCCUUGGCAACUAAUAAAGCCCACAUCAAAUAUGAGCCGGAUGUGACGGGGCCCCGAGAUAUAAUCAGAUGGAUCGAGAAUAUGGGAUUUGAGGCCUCUCUGGUGAAGAAAGAUCAUCCUGGAAGUCACCUGGAUCACACCCAAGAGAUCCAACAGUGGAAAAGAUCAUUCCUCAUCAGUUUGUUUUUCUGUGUGCCUGUUAUGGGCAUGAUGACCUACAUGAUAAUAGUGGAUCACAUGAUUGACAUGUCCCACCACCAUAAUGCCACAGCCGAGGACAGAGAAAAGUACCACUCCUCCAUGUUCCUGGAGAAACAGCUUCUUCCUGGUCUUUCCAUCAUGAAUUUGAUCUCGUUCCUCUUCUGUAUACCUGUGCAGUUUAUUGGUGGGCGGUACUUCUAUUGUCAAGCCUUCAAAGCUGUCAAGCACCGGACAGCCAAUAUGGAUGUGCUCAUUGUACUAGCCACCACAAUAGCAUUCACAUACUCUGUGGUGAUUCUCCUGGUUGCCAUUUUAGAGAAGGCAAAGGUGAACCCCAUCACCUUCUUUGAUACUCCACCCAUGCUGUUUGUGUUCAUCUCGCUAGGCAGGUGGCUAGAGCAAAUAGCAAAGAGUAAGACCUCUGAGGCUCUGUCCAAGCUGAUGUCUUUACAGGCAACAGAAGCUACAGUUGUUACACUGAAUGGUGAUAUGUCUGUGUUAAGUGAAGAGCAGGUGGAUGUAGAGCUGGUACAGAGGGGGGAUAUCGUGAAGGUUGUGCCUGGAGGGAAGUUUCCAGUAGAUGGUCGAGUGAUUGAAGGACACUCCAUGGCAGACGAGUCUCUCAUUACGGGUGAAGCCAUGCCUGUCACUAAGAAACCAGGGAGCAUAGCUAUCGCAGGCUCUAUAAAUCAGAAUGGCUCUCUACUCAUCAAAGCCACUCAUGUGGGCAUGGACACCACCCUCUCUCAGAUCGUCAAACUGGUGGAGGAGGCACAGACUUCAAAGGCACCAAUUCAGCAGUUUGCAGAUAAGAUCAGCAGCUACUUUGUCCCGUUCAUUGUGGGAGUCUCCGCUAUAACUCUGAUAGUCUGGAUUCUGAUUGGUUUUGUGAACUUUCCUCUGGUGAAAAAAUACUUCCCUGGCUAUGAUAAGAGCAUCUCUGAAGCAGAGGCAGUCAUCCGCUUUGCCUUCCAGGCCUCCAUCACUGUGCUCUGCAUCGCCUGCCCCUGCUCACUGGGUCUGGCCACACCAACUGCGGUCAUGGUGGGAACUGGGGUGGGAGCUCAGAAUGGAAUACUCAUCAAGGGAGGAGAGCCAUUAGAGAUGGCACACAAGAUUCAGACUGUGGUGUUUGAUAAAACUGGCACAAUCACAUACGGGGCUCCCAAAGUGAUCCAAGUGAAGAUGCUGGCCGAGGGGAAUCGAAUGCCGCGCUCUAAACUACUGGCGAUUAUUGGCACAGCUGAGAAUAACAGUGAACAUCCACUGGGUUCUGCCAUCACCAAAUUCAGCAAACAGGAGUUGGGCACAGACUUUCUUGGCACCUGUACAGAUUUUCAAGCUGUGCCAGGAUGUGGCAUCAGGUGUCAGGUUAGCAACACAGAAAACUUGCUGCGGAGAGAAGACAGUGACAGUGAGGAGAACCAGCGCAAUGCUGUCCUGGUCCAGAUCAGUGAUACCAGAGCCCACAUCAAUGAUCACCCACUCAUCAUGGACCCACAGCCACUCACUGUGGAACAGUCCGCCUCAUACAUAGUGCUAAUUGGGAAUAGAGAGUGGAUGAGGAGAAAUGCGCUGCAGGUGCGAGCAGAUGUGGAUGAAGCCAUGAUGGAGCACGAGAAGAGGGGACACACUGCUGUGCUGGUGGCUGUGGAUGGUGAGCUUUGUGUCAUGGUGGCCAUCGCAGACACGGUGAAGCCUGAAGCCUGGUUGGCUGUGCAUACUCUAACAGCGAUGGGGCUGGAAGUCAUACUGAUGACUGGGGACAACAGCAGAACAGCCCGAGCUAUCGCUGCUCAAGUGGGCAUCAGGAAGGUGUUUGCUGAAGUCUUGCCAUCUCACAAGGUAGCAAAAGUGGAGCAGCUCCAGCAAGCAGGGAAACGGGUGGCCAUGGUGGGCGACGGGGUGAAUGACUCCCCCGCACUAGCAAUGGCAGAUGUGGGCAUUGCCAUAGGCACAGGCACAGACGUGGCUAUUGAGGCUGCAGAUGUAGUGCUUAUCAGGAAUGAUCUUCUUGAUGUGGUUGGGAGUAUCGACCUUUCUAAGAAGACAGUAAAGAGAAUCAGAAUCAACUUUGUAUUUGCACUAAUCUACAAUCUUGUGGGAAUUCCUAUUGCUGCAGGUGUGUUUAUGCCUGUUGGUCUGGUGCUUCAGCCCUGGAUGGGCUCCGCUGCUAUGGCUGCCUCCUCAGUCUCUGUGGUGCUGUCCUCUCUCCUGCUAAAAUGUUACACUAAACCCAGCGCUGAGAAACUGGAAAGGCUAUUGGGCGAGGUAAGAACACAAGGCAGUUUGACGGAUGUCAGUGUUCAUAUUGGGAUGGGAGAGCUGCGCCGCACCUCACCCAAACUCAGCCUGCUGGACCGCAUUGUCAACUACAGCCGGGCCUCCAUCAACUCACUACGCUCAGACAAACACUCUCUCAACAGCAUGGUCCUUAGUGAGCCAGACAAGCACUCUCUGCUGGUAGGCGAUGCUAACUGUGAUGAGGAGACAGUUUGAAGGUGGAGUGCAUCUUGCAGGGGCUACUUACUUUACCUCAGUGCCUGUUAGAGAAGGAGAGCUACAUCCAAAAUUCAAUCAUUUGAUGUUCUUGCUGCUUGGCUUAGAUUGAGCAGCUUUAGUUGUCCUUUCAAUGGCCAUUUGCAUCACUAGAGGCUUUCAAUUUACUGAAAGUUUACUUUCAGAUUCCAUUAUACUUGUUGGCCAAUUUUUAAGAUGACAUUCUAAAUAAGGAAAUUAACUGUGCCGCAGAUUGUCCAGGAAAAGGUUGAGAAAUCUAUUUUAUUUUUGUGAUUUAUUGUGUUUUAUGGUAAUGAUUACCGUUAAGUGAAUAUUUAUUACAUUUAUUUAUAUUGUAUUAGCAUACUGUUUAGUUGGACAUGAAGGAGUGUGAAGUUUUUUUAGCAAUGAACAAAUUAACUACAUUUUAUUGCUGUUAGUACUGAAAUGCAGUACAUUCCAAAGAAAGCAACUUGCCUGCUAUUUUAGAGGGAGCAAAAAAUUGUCACUCUUAUGGUCGCCAUUCACUUAUAAUGAUGGGGCCCGAACUUGGUUACCAAGAAAAGAAGAUGCUAAACCAUUUUAAACCAUUCAUGUCAUUAUAAGAUUUUCAGCACAUUCAUUCAUUGAAACUGUUUUCUGCUCUUAAGCUGCCUUUGCUCUUCUGUAUUUAAAUGUGUGCUUGUCAACUUAGUUAUUCAAUAUUUUAAUGUUUUCACUUCAAAACCCAGCACUUUGUGUGAACUGAGAUUGUAACUAACAUUUUAUGAGCAGGAUAUAUUUGUAUACAGCUGUGUGUAUUAACACUCUAUAGAUACAUAAGUAUUCAACACAUCACUGCACAGCCUGAAUCAGGUUACUGAAACAGAUUGCUGGAUUAGCGACAGUUCAAACUUUUUAAUUAUGUUGUGGAUUUUUAUUUUCCAUUUCCAUUUUGAGGAUAAAAUAUCAAAACAGUGGUAAGAAAAGGAAGUUUUGUUACUGUCUUACUGAAGGUCAAUUAAGCGAUGCAGUCUUCAAACAAAAUAAGUGCAUUAGGAAGUAAUUUAUUGUUCACACAAAUGAAUGGCAAUUUUACCCAUAUGUAUUGCUUGUUUUGCCAAAAUAUGUUAAAUGUUGAUGAUCUGAAUAUCCUGAAAUUAUGAUUUAUGCACUUGAUGGUUUCACUAACUGUGGUCUGAGACAAAUCUUUUUGUAGUUUUUCAACAUAUUCUUUAAAUAACCAGCCAGUUUUCUAUAAGCUGAUAUAAAAUGGGUUAUUUAUUCUUCUUGUGAGCACAAACAUGAAAUCAACAUUCUGCUUGGCUUCUCCCUGAGUCUGGUCAAGAAUUAACUUCAAUUUCAGUUAUGCUUUAGCUAGCACAUCAUUUAUUAUAUACAUCGGUUUUAAUUAAAGGUGCACUCAGUAACUUUUGUCUUUGUGUCGUUACACUGACACUUAGCGGCUUGAUUUAAAAUCAAUAGUUUUCAGUUUCAGAUGCCAUUGUAGAAGUGUAGUUUUCACAGUAAGCCAUGAUUACUUUAAUCAAUGAGUGAAAGUAUUAAAUAACAGGGCAGUUAUUGAUACUAUGCAAGCAGUAUUCGGCCUCUCCAUGUAGAAUAAAACAGCUUUUAUAAGGUUACUGAUAAGACUUAUAUGAGUCUUCAUUUAAAUGUGAUUG